AUGUCUACAAGAAGUGGCCGUGUAAGAGCUAGUAUAGCAGAUUCCAGUCCCUCUCGAAGAAGAAAAGUGUCGCCGUCGCGCUCUCCCGCCAGAAAUCGAAAAAGUUCCAGAGAACGGACAGCUACUCGACAAUCGCCUUCGCGAAAAUCUCCCAGUCGUAAGAGCAUAUCAAAGUAUCCAGCACGAAAAUCUCCAUUUCGCGCUGUCAAAGAAAAAGAAGACUCCUUACCUAAGUCGCCAGCAAAACGACCAGCAAUAAACACGAACCCUGCCAUCAAACUAGAUGAUUUUAAGUUUGAAAUUUAUCGGGGUACGCGUUCUAAACGUACAGAAUAUUAUGUGAAGGAUGUUGCAUCAAAGGCUGUUGAGGAGGUGAAUGGGUUUGAUAGUACAGACUCGAGUGAGUACAGUUUACGGAAUAGACGUUCUGUUGAUGCUCAAAAGAGACCUCAUUCUGUGCUGCAAACGGAAAAUGCCCCAGUCACUCAUAGAAGUAUAAGUAAAUCUUUGAGCAAAUCUGUCAGCAAGUCGAUAAGUAAAAGUAUUGAUGCUUAUUCUGAUGAUGAGUAUAGUAUGCCUUCAAGGGAGAAAUCAAUUUCAGUAGUAAGGAAGCUUUCAACACCAGUUCCUAGCAGUGGGUCCCUGGGAAAAAUAAGUAAUAAAUUUGAAUUUGGUGGACAACUUGGUUCUGCCUGCUUAAUAUUAUGUAUUCCAUUUGCUGCACUAGCCAUUUUGUUGACAUGCACCUAUUCAUGCUCUUAUAAAGUCUUAUUAGACUUAUCUCAAAUCAAAUCAAUAUAUAUAUGGUCAUUUACAUCUUUUAUUCUUGUAAUGUGUCAUUAUCUUCUUCAAGCGAUAAUUCUAACGCUGCCUGUUCUUGGUACUAAGCAAGUUGACGAAUCUGGCAAGAAAUAUUGUUUUAAUGCUUUCUUCUCUUGCAUUGUGACGCUAAUUUUUGUUUAUAGCCUGGACUACUUUAGAAUAUUUGAUUCUAAUACAAUUCUUGAGUCCUACUUUCAAAUGGCCAUUAUAUCUUACAUAAUAGCUGUUGCUUUUUCGCUUAUCUUUUAUAUAAAAAGUAGAAAGACAAAUGAGAAUGACUUGAAUCCAUAUGGAAACACUGGGUAUAAGUUGUAUGACUUCUUUAUGGGACGAGAAAUUAACCCCCAAAUUAAAAAGUUUUCUCUUAAACUUUGGACUUACCGAAUCUGCAAUGUGGGAACUUUAAUAUUACUGCUGUUAUUGUUCAAGCACAGCUUUUAUAUGAAAGAACAAGAUAUAGACAGUAUUAAUUUUGAAAACUAUAAGGAGUUAAUAAGCAAAGUGCAGUUGAGAUCUACAACUCUGGUUGUUACUUUGAUGCAAAUUAUCUACACUCUCCAUUUUAUUGUAAAAGAAUACAAAGUGAUCCAUACUUUCUAUUGGCAAUGCGAAGGACUUGGUUAUAUGCAAUUGACUGCAAGCGCACUCUAUCCAUAUUAUUUUACAACAAUCUCCAAAUAUGUGGUUGAUUCAAAGUUAUCUUUGGGUUUUAAUGCUUUGAUUGCUGCAUCAUUUUUGUUUAUUGUGGGUUUUAUAAUAUUGCUAACUAGCAACAACAUAAAGUAUGAAUUCAGGAAAAACCCUCUUCAACCAGGCAUAGUUCAUCUUGAUUCAAUGCCUACUUUUCAUGGCAAGAAAUUGCUCGUCUCCAACUUAUGGGGUUUCGUGCGCCACCCGAACUAUUUGGGUGAUAUACUUAUACACCUGGCGCUUGCGUUACCUGGAGCCCUAUCUCUUCACGAAGACCACGUAGCAACAGCUGUACUGCCGGCGCUACUUCCAAUAUUCAUGUUGAUACAUCGAGCAUGGCGGGACCAUUGUAGAUGUCAAAGAAGAUAUGGAGCUGCCUGGCAGAGGUAUUGCAAGAGAGUACCGUCCAUAAUACUUCCAAAGAUAUUUUAA